AUGGCACCCGCACUUUCCUCGCGCGAUGUCGAGGCUCUGGCUGCCGCCUUCCAAUGUCUGAAGACCUCUCCUGAGGUAAGACACUCUUUUCCACAUCCAUUUCGCUCCUCCAAAUGCGCACCUCGUUCCGAACAAUCUCAACUUGCAACCCUCUCAUCUUUCACUGUCUUGUUUACAGAAUGGAGAACUGACAAUAACACCUUACAAACAGNNAUUGACUAUGACAAACUCGCCGAAAAGGCUGGCUACAAGAACGGUUCUUCGGCUCGUGCUUGCUUCCAGGAAAUCAAGAAGAAGCUGCGUGCUACUGGCAACGACAUCGAGGGUGACAAUGCCAACAAGAAAUCCACCAUCCCCAAAUCCAGAAAGCGCAAACAGUUGUCUUCGCCCUCUGAUUCCUCCUCCGUAACUCUGGCCAGCUCUUCUCCUCCUGUCCACUCCGACGACGAAUCCAAAGCACCUGCAAAGAACACUCCAGAGACCGAAGAAGAAAUCCACAAUGCCAAGGCCAUUGCUGCCGGAAGAGCCAAAUACGCUGCUGACAAACUUGCUGCUGAGAUCAAGAAGGAACAAGUUGAUGAUGAGGAGAUGGUUGAAGAGGGACAGGCUUUGGGUAUGAAUGUUGAUGCUGGAGAAGAUGAGGGAGAGACUGCGUAUGAGUUGGUCAAGAACGAGGUCUUUGGCGAGGGCGUCGAGGUUUGA